AUGGCGUCGCAGCCGCAGUUCGUGCCCUUGGCACCACGCCGCCACCGUCUCACGCCCCUCGCUGCAUGGCUCUGGCUCGGCGGAAGCUUGGCGGCUGGCGUCUGGUAUUUAACGCUUCUCGCGCCGCAUUUUGCCAACGACCUGUGGUGGGCCCACUACAAUACGAGCGGCUCGCAGGCGUUCUUGAUUGACGCUACGAACGCACUCCUCGAGAGCCAAUCCGUUGACAUUCUCGCCGUCACGAUCGCCAAGUCGUACGCCACGGACGUGACGUACACGACGCGCCACCCGACGUAUGCCUCGCGACUCUUGCUGACCUCGCUCACGUCCCUCAAGUUUGCAAUCGCGAAUCUUCGCAACACGUCGGCAGCGUACGCGCUCUGGCUCCCGACGCAAUUUUGCUAUGUCGAUUUCGGAAAAGUGUGGGAAAUGGCGCAGACGGACGCGCGCCAAGCGCGGUGCGCGGCCAAAUACACGGCCAACGGCGCCGUGUACCUCGAGACCGUCCUGCGCAACGUCGAGAGCUGGUCGUCGUUUCUAGAGCUCUAUGGUGGCGACGGCAACAUCUUUACGAUUGGCCUGCAGCUCGCUCUGCAAGAAUCAGCGACAGGCUACGCAUGGCUCGACGCGACGGCCAAUGUUUCGACGUCGAUUGCCGACGAAGCGAAGCUGUGGCGGUCCGCGGGUCUCAGCUAUUUCAAGUUGCAGUGGCAAAAUUCGGUCCUCUCGGGUGUUACGGAAACCAUGGGUGUGGUGAACGCGCUCGGCGUGCGCCAACCAAUUUCGCUCAAGCAAGAAUCGCAGUCGGCGGGUCCGUGGACGUCGCAGAUCUUCAACGGAUAUCUCUACAACAAUCUGUACAUGCUCGUGUCGGGCUGCAACGCAAGCCUGAUUCGAAGCAGCAGCCUCCAUUUUACCAAGGUGCCAUGCCUCUAUCUGCAACCCCCGGUCUUUGAGAGCUUGCUUGGCCUCUCCGACGCCAACGGCCGCUAUGUCGACCAAACCGGUGUCAUUCAUGACCGCCUCGGCGCCUUCUCGUCGGUCGACAUGUGGGUUCUCCCUGUGCCCGCCACCCUGCAUGCGCUUGUUGACAGUGCUCAGAUCGUAUUGGCCGACAUGCUCGCCUCGAAUGCGACACUCGCAGCCGCCUACGUGGCGCUUCGUGGCGGCGCACUCAUGCCGACGCCGCCUGCGUUUCGCGGUGCGUAUGUAUACUAUGGCGGCAACCCCCUCUGCCUCCACGGUCUCGCGCAAACCUAUGUCCAAGCUUCGUUUGCGACCACUGAUACGUGCAACACCCCGCUCCCGCUCACAAUUCAAGUCAGCGUGGCGGCUGCGCUUUGGGGGCUACGGUUGACGGCGCCGACAACGAUCGAGGACAUCUGCCUGAACGACACGGCGUGCCUCGACCUGCUCGCGCCAAUGCACCACCUGGCCAGCGACCUGCCCAAUGGGACGUCGCUCGCUGCCCGCCGCGAUCUCGAAGCACUGGAUAUAAGUCUUGUCCAGCUGGCUUCGGAUGCGAGUCAAAUCAACUAUACGCUGCUCCGACAGCCGCUGCUUGCGCGCUCGUUUGCGUUCUUUGGCUGGGUCCUUCUCUCCGACUGGGUCCUCGGCGUCCGCGAAGUCGUGUCCUUUGAAGGCGACAACGCGACACUCGUCUUGAUAUCGGAAGCGUACGACACCACGUCGACUGACCCGAGCGCAACGACCGUCGGGCGCGCGACCACCGUCGUCUUCUACCUCGUGGUGUACGUCUCAGUCAUCUUGGUCGUCGUCGCCGUUGCCUGUAGCUUCUUCGGUCUGCUCCAUCGCGCCGACCCCCGCCAUCUCGUUGUGUUUCACCGGGUGGCCGGCGCGACGUGGGUCGGGCGACCCCUCCUCUUUCUCCGCGGCGCGUCCGCAAUCGUGCUGCUGAGUACGGCGCCAAUGGCACUCACCACGUCGUUUGGUCUUAGCCGCUUUGCUCACGCGCCGCGAGGGUUUCUGGAAGUGGCCGUCUUGGCGAGCGAGGCGACGUGGAUCACGUACGUCAUAAGUGAAGUCGCGCUCCUGGUGCCACUCGCUCGACCCCAUGCGACAGGUCACCUCAGCGCAGGUGUUGUAUGGGCCCUCUACGUCUCGCUCGAGAUGACGUUUCCUGUCGAAAUCCAAACGCAGUUGCACCAAGUGUGCACGGUGCAGUCGAUGUACCAUCAGCUUCAGUGCACGAGUGCAACCGUGACGAUUGGCAGCUACGCACGCGCGUGCUGGCUCCUGCUCCUCCCCGUGCUCGUGGUCCCAAUGACUGUCCUUGUGAUGGGUAUCGCAGACCGCCACCGGCCCUCGGCACCAGCAUCGAACGACGUCCAGUUAUCGUGUCGCGUUGCUUCUCGCUGGCUUGUACCGCGGCGCGCGCGUCACCUUUAA